AUGCGUCUCCUCCCACACUCACUAUGGCUCCUCAUCGCCGCCCACCUCGAAGCCGCGCAAGCUCAACAAGAACAACAACAACAACAACUUCCCACAGCCAUCAAGAAGAUGCCUCCCGACCAAAGCGAGAAAUUCCACCCUCACUACGUCGCCUUCGCCAAUGCCGAUACCAUGGGUUCCAAUGACGAUGACCGCCUGCCACCCAUCAUGGGCUUCAUCUCAGUCGAGCAGCAGCAGCAGCAGCAGCAGCAACAUGAACAAGUCGAAGCCGAAGAUCCCGUCCUCGCCGCCCGCCGUCUAGCCGACGAACAAGACUUCCACCUCCUCCAACCCAACUCCUCCUCUUUGAUAUUAUCCUACCGUCCACCCUUCGCCAACCACGAUUUUCUUUUCCAAAGAAAGCUAGAGGAAGAGCAACGAGCAGCCUGGAGCUUAUUCCGCCGGUCGCGGGAAGCGCUCGCCCGCCUGCAACAGCACGACAAGCACAAGCGGCAAUGGAACUGCCCCGAAGGCACAGCCAGCUGUUCGCGCAUCGGGUACCCGAACAGUUGCUGCAGGACGUCGGAGACCUGCGUGGAGAUUGAGGAUGUCGGUCUGGGGAAGGUAGGGUGUUGUCCGGCGGGCGCGACGUGCGGCGGGUCGGUGUCUACGUGCGCGGAUGGAAACACGGGGUGCGCGUCGGAGAUUGGAGGCGGGUGUUGUUUACCUGGGUUUGUGUGUGCUGGUGUUGGGUGCAUCAAAGAAGGCACAUCCCCCACAACCACCCUCCCAGCUCCCACAAGCAGCGACACAACAGCCAUCAUCCCUCCGGUCCGCCCAACAUCCUCAUCCUCAACUACUAUCACCUCCUCGCCUCCUCCCCCACCGACAACCACCAUGCCCCCAAGUAGCAGCGCCCUCUCCUCCUCGCUGGACUACUGCCCAACAGGCUUCUACCCCUGCCUCGCCUCCGCCGGCGGCGGCUGCUGCCAAACCGGCCGCGACUGCAGCGUAACCAACUGCCCGCCAAUCGAGAUGACCACGAUAAAGAACACCAACGGGAUGACCGUCGCGGUGCCCAUCACUGCCGUACCGACCACGACAGCAACGGGCACGUGCGCUUAUGGGUGGUACAUGUGUGGAAAGGAGGCCGGCCCGCUGCCUGGGUGUUGUCCGAGCGGGUACGCUUGUGGAAGCGUCAGUUGUUCGGUCGUGAUUACGCCUACGGGCUCGGGAGAGUUAGCGACGGCGACGGAGGCGAAGGAGCUGCCUACGUAUACCAAGGCACCGGCUGCACCGCUGGUUGGUGCAGGGGCGGCGAGGGAGGUUAGGGGCGUGGAGGUGAUCGUUGGGGUGGCGGUUGUGGUAGGGGGGAUGAUGGUUUGA